AUAAAUAAAUGAUUUGUUCGUCUCUAAUGCUGUCUAGGUACAGGUCAACUUAAAGUCAACAAACCCGUAAAGCUUUUUUUAUUUGCAAAAUGACUAUGAAUGUACAACGUUUCAAAUUGGUCGAAAUGUAAGUAAAUGGAUAAAAGGAAACUCGUGCGCAAAUACUGCGCAGCAUUGACAUUUGAAAAGCGAGGGCGCGAAUACGUCAUCAUGUUGCGACGAGCAUCGUUGUUCUGACGUGACGCUUUACUGUGAAAGCAAGUUUAAAAUCACGGGCUGAAAAAUAUCUGGAGGUUUUUAUAUACGUGUUGGUGAAUGUUUUAUGGAAUAGAAGUACGCAUGCAGAAAAGUCCGUCAGAUCUGAAAAUUAAUGCCAGUGCAGUCUACCUCGGUAAAUUAGCUGCUCAUGGAUCCUGUUAGACGUAAAAUCCCUGCGUGCGUUCGUUCGUUACUCAGCGAUACUGCCCCGAAAGAGGAGGAACACUUCAGCGACUGGCCUGAAACUGACUCCCAAUCAAUUACCACCAAAGAUGGGAUCGCACUGCCCCAAAGAGGGACUUCUGAAGCUCUUUUGAACCCUGCUGAUGGGACAGCGGCUGGAACUACUGCAUCAGUCAAACCGUGUGGGCUUUGCCUGUCCAAACCCUCCUGUUACACUUGCCCGAGGUGUAAUGUCCCAUAUUGCGGAUUGGCAUGUUAUAGGAGUCAGAAUCACUCUUUAUGCUCAGAGGAGUUUUAUAAAGAGUCCGUGCUGCAGGAACUGAAAUCCCAAGGUGUCUCAGACGAGGAAGGGAAAAGCAAGAUGCAGGAAAUUCUGCUCCGGCUCAGACAGAGCGCAGAGAGCGAGGGAGGAAUGGAGAAUUUAUUAAGGACCCUGGGAGAAGAUGAAACCAGUGUGACCGAAAACGACGCACAUGCUUUGGAGCUGCUCUCUCGGUUAGCAGAGAUUCAAUCUGGCGGAGAUGAAAUGAGUCACGAGACAGAAGAGAUACUAGCAAAACUCAGAGACAUUGAAGAUGGGAGUGAUGAAGAGGAAGCUGGUGUAGCUGAGAAGUUAGCAGGCCUGGAUGUUGACUCUCUUUCAGAGGAAGAACUCUGGUUGUUGUUGUCAGCCCAGGAAAAGGAGAAAUUUGAAAGACUGGUGAAAGAAGGUGGCAUUGGUGGACUGGUUGACCUGUGGAGCCCCUGGUGGGAACGGCAUGAGAAAGAUGCUAAAGCACUUAUUGAGGAAUUUACGUCUGAGAAUGACGAAGAAAUGCACAAUGUGAAUGUUAAAAAAGACAGUCAAAAUAAAGUCAGUAGCAGUGAAGUAAAAUCUGCCGAAUCACUGAAAAGCGCAAUCCCUCCAAUAAGUGCAAAAAUUGCUCCUCUUCACACGUUAUCUUCAAAGCCAUCUCCUCUAGUGGGGUACAGCCUGAUCAGUGGUCUUUAUGGAUACGCCUUCUCACUGUGUCUCUAUAAUGGAGACAUCUCAGAGAUGUCGCUUGAGUUCUGUCAGGCGGUGCUUGCCGUCUCGGAGGGUUUGGGUGCCGGACGGGCCUUCAACUCUGUCUCUGAGGUUCUCGAAGCCGGAAUGAGAGCCGUAUCUACAGGAGGAUACUUCGAUCUUGAGGACCCUUUAGCUCCUCUCCGAGCUGUGGAAGCUGUGGCUCAUAUUCUGACUGGAGGGAGCAGAGAGGACGCUGUGGGAUAUUCUCUGUCCGCUCUGUCCCAGCUGCGCACCGCUUUCAGCAAGGCGAAGGCUUCUGUUCCUAAGGAAGACGAGCAGACGAGGCGGAUGUAUUUUCAAGCUGGAAAGAAGUGCGAGUUUUUUCAGUCUUGGGUUAAAGAGAAUCCCAAAGUUUUGAGGAGUCUCGCAGGAUGUGUGUGGAUGGACUAUGAGAGAAGGGAGAUGGAGAGGAUGAGAUUAGAGGGAGAGAAGAAAUGCUUAGAAAAGGGACGGGAAAAAAGUAAAGGAGCUCUGAUAGAAGAAAUUGAGUGAUUGUAUUGUUUGUAUUUUUAAAGAAAAAAGGAAAAAGUAAUCAAAUAAAACUGUAUUACAAGCAUUUGUGGCUGAAGAAUUAAAAAAGUAGUUUGAAGUGCCCC